UCCUUCCUACUAUUCCGCACAAAUAACUUGACAGAGGGAGAAAUAGAGAGAGGGGGGUACAGAGACGGAGAGAGGAAUUGCAGAGAGAGAGAGAGAGAGAGAGAUAGAGAGAGCGAGAGGAAGAUGUACGGAUACGCGAGCGUGGGGAAGGGGGAGCUAGAUCUAGAGCAGGGGACGCUAUACCCAGGGCUCAGCCAUGGCGAGAACCAGCUUCGAUGGGGUUUCAUCCGCAAGGUCUACGGAAUCCUCUCUGCUCAGAUCGUCCUCACCACCAUCGUCUCUUCCGCCACCGUUCUUUACUCUCCCCUCAACGAUCUCCUCCGAGGAAAUUCAUCCCUUCUCAUUUUCCUCAUGUUCUUUCCCCUCAUCUUGCUAUGGCCCUUGUAUGUGUAUCAGCAAAAGCAUCCAUUGAACCUAGUUUUGCUUGGGCUCUUCACUGCAUGCCUGAGUCUAACUGUUGGCGUAAGCUGUGCUAAUACAGAUGGAAGAAUAGUGCUUGAAGCAUUGAUUUUAACAUCAGCCGUUGUUUCAGCCCUUACGGGGUACACUUUCUGGGCUUCUAAGAAGGGCAAGGAUUUCAGCUACCUUGGACCGAUCUUGUUCUCCUGCCUUAUUGUUCUUAUCGUUACCGGUUUUAUCCAGAUGUUCUUCCCGCUUGGUCCUACAUCUAUUGCCAUUUACGGUGGAAUCAGUGCUAUGAUAUUCUCAGGGUACAUUGUCUAUGACACAGACAACCUGAUAAAGCGCUUCAGUUAUGAUGAGUACGUUGGGGCAUCUGUAACGCUCUAUUUGGACAUUCUGAACCUGUUCCUUGCCAUUCUACGUGUGCUGAGGCACACAGACGGCUAGUUUUACGUUGUUUCUGUGCCUGAGGCUGAUUCUAGCCAACUGGUUUGCUACCAUAUUUGCACUAUUAUAUGUAACAAAAAUAGGUGAUCAUUUGUGGAUAUAAUACAUUUUCUGUUAAUGUUGCUUUACAUAUCUGAAGGGCUCUUGAAACUUUUAUCUUAGUGUUAAGUGUAACUAAAUCAAUUGUGUUAAGAAAUAAAAGUGCUCGUCGAAGAGGUCUGCUGCAAA